CAGCAUAUAACUGGACACCACGAGGGACAGGAAUUCUUUCUUUCCUCCACUAUGGUGAGAAUGCUGAGAACAACGGGCUCAUUAUUUGGGAGGAGACUGAAGCCGCGGGUUGUGAUUGGAUCCUACAAGCAGGUAGACGCGAACAGGUACUGUGGCAUCCGACGAUUUCUUGCAUUUUCGAUUGGUGAUCUUCUCUUUUGUUCAAUCUCUAGGUUUAUCUGAAUUAAUAUAGCUUUCAAAACAAGACAUAGCUGGAACUUGGCGCGCUUAAAUUCUUUCGGUGUCGGGGUUUAAAUAUGAUGUUCUUAAAAAUAAAACUAUAACUAAAGCGCGCGUCAAAAGGACGGAGCUCGUUGAUUUUUCUGUUCAAUCACAAUUAUUUUUCUAUUGGAUAUAUACCAGGGACCUCUGACAUUCCAAGUAAUUCUUUGCCGGAAACUCAACAGAACGGAAUGUGUGAUUCAGUAGACUCGCCGCUGCUGAUUCUCUUGGUUGUAACAGGUGUGUUGACAUGUGAGGCACAAGUGUGUGGCAGGCCACCCCUGGGGAAACGCAUUGUAGGAGGAGUUGAAUCAUCGGAAGGGGCAUGGCCUUGGCAAGUGGACAUUCAGAUGAGGGAAACCGGACAUAUUUGCGGUGGAUCCAUAAUAGCAAGAAACUGGGUUCUCUCUGCUGCACACUGCUUUCCUAACCCUUCCAAAGUGUCUUCAUACAUCCUGUACAUGGGGCGUCAUCAGCUCAAUGGCUAUAGCCAGUUUGAGAUGCUCAGUCAGGUGCAGCGGGUGAUUGUUCCAGAAGGAUACUCCUACCCACAGGAGGGCAGAGAUUUAGCUUUAGUGCAGCUACGUUCUCCGGUCACCUGGUCAGACAGGAUCCAGCCUGUGUGUUUGCCUCAUGCAGGCCUCCAGUUCGACAAUGGAACCUUAUGCUAUGUCACAGGCUGGGGUCACACACAGGAGGGGGUUUCUCACACUGGAGCUGGGGCACUGCGGGAGGUACAAGUGCCCCUUAUUGACCAAUCUUCCUGCCAGGAAAUGUACAAGAUUCAAGCAUCUGAUUCAGAAAGGGUGGAUAUCUUAUCAGACAUGAUCUGUGCUGGAUAUAUGGAGGGAGGCAAAGAUUCCUGUCAGGGGGACUCUGGGGGCCCUCUAGUUUGUCUUGGUGCCAACGGGACAUGGAUUCAGGUAGGAGUGGUAAGUUUUGGACUUGGGUGUGCUCAACGGAACCGACCAGGUGUUUAUUCCAAAGUUUCAAGUUUUGCGGGACUCAUCCGCUCCACGGUUCCAGAAGCUCAGUUGUUGGGUAAUGCUUCGAAGAGUCGAUGUCAAACGCCUCUAAUUCUAGGCCUCUCUUUUGCAUUAGUUUUAUUUUGGAGACAGUAGAUUGAUGGAAGGAAAACACAAGCAAAAGUCAACUGCAUCAAAAAGUCGCAUCUGCUGAUCCUCCUCUACCUAUAGAAAUAUGACACAAUCACAGCUUCCGUUUAAAUUCAUUCAGCUAAUAGCAGCUAAUCGUGUUGCUCAGGAGAAAAUUACCCUCCUCCAUCCCCAGCUCCACAUCACAUUUACAAUCUGGACUCGACCUCUCAACUACAUUUUAAUUAUGUGUUUCACUUAAAUGUCUAUAAGAACUAAUGAGAUCUGCUUGUUCUGUUCUGUGUACCCUAAGGGGUAAUUAUAUACAAUUAUCGCUGCACUUUUUUGCCCAGAACAGAACCAUACUACCAAUCUAAACUCAAUGCUAAUUGUCAAUCACAUUGGCAGGAUUAACCUGACAGAAGUGUGGUUAUGGUACUGUUAUAAAGCACACCAGUUUUGUUUAUGUGGCACUGACCUGCCAUGAUACUGUGUUUUGAAUGCUGGUAUAAUGAGAAAUGUAAUCAAUGCAAAACAAGUAAAAGUUAUUAUUAUUAUUUAAUUAAUGUGACACGAUGAAGUGAUCUUGUCAUCUUAUCCUGCCUACUUAACUAAUCUAGUUUGUUAUACUAUUAUUAUUUGGUAUUAGUUUUUAUUUUCAAUUGCACAUAAACAAUGUUACAAGGACCUCUAAACACUGAAUAUGCCAAGAUCCUAACACAUGAUUUUAUGUAGCCUGUUCUGGUUGUUUUUUAUAUGAAAAACCAAAUUGACUGCAUAUUGUUGCACAAACAUGUUACCAUAACACAUCACUUAAAAUCAGUGUUGUUAUUUCUUAUAUUUUAUACAUUAAGGUUGUAUGCCACUCCUUUUGCACCCUCUCUUUUUUCAUACUUAGGACAAUGGUUUGUUUGCCUAUUGUUUUUGAUUUCCAGCAUUACACAUUUGGAGUUUUAUACAAGGUGCUAGAUCCAAUUGUUUUAAUGGGAGAUUCUACCAGAAAAGUACAUUGACCAUGACAGGGCCUGACACGAUGGCUCUGCCUCCUCAAAAAAACAUACAAAAACAAGCUUAAAAUCAUACGAUUAAAUUGCAGAACUCACCCUUGAUCAGUGUCAGCUUCACCUCAGUCAAAUGAUGUCAUUUACUCGUAUUGCACACAUUUUAUGUUGAGUUGUGUGUAAACCUGACAGGACUGACCAAAAACAUGCGGACUAUGUUAAACAAUACUAAGUACUAUACUAUGAUUUACAUUGCUUUUAUUUAUAAUACUAAGUGUUUAUUUGAAGAAUUUAUGUAGAAUUUCAUGUUUUAAUCAACUGAUAUGAAUAACAACUUAAACAUGCCAUUGAUGGAGUUGUAUUCCCCCCCCCAAAAAAAAUUAAGCAUAACAAAACUGUCAAAGCUGUAGGUCCAAUUUGGUUGAGGACAAGUACAGGGUUUAUGAUUUUCAAAAAGUGUUUUUAAUAAAGAAAAAAUAACCUUAUGAAUAACUUAUUCCUACAGAGAAAACUCACAGAAAUCAAACAUCUGUCAGUUUAAGACAUUUUUGGAUGAAAUAUUCA